CUAAAAAUACUCUAAAUUCGUACUAAAUUUUAUAUUAACUACUUGUAGUGAUAUUUAAGUUAACUAAAAUGGAAUUAGGACCGAAACUAUUUUUUUUUCUUUUUUUGAGUAUUUAUUCUAAUUUAUGCAAUAAUAUCAAAUAAUUACCCAAAUUAAAUAAAAAUUACUUCUGCUUCGUGAAAAUUAACUUUAAUCAGAUAAUUAACUACCUUGAGGCUAGUGAACAACUAUAUAAUUAAUUGGAAUAAAUUCAACAUCAACAACUAUUUUAUUUAAUUUUUGGAAGUAAAUGCGAAAUACUUGAAAAAUAAUCUGGAAAUUUUCAAAGAUCAGAUCGAACAUACAGAGCACAGAUUCCGAUUCUACUCAUUGAGAAGAUGAAAAUACAUAUAAAGAACUUACAAUUUGGAGCUGAAAUGUAGAAGUUAUGGAGGAUUGAAGUUUUCUCUCUCUACUUGCUCUUGGAGCUCGAAAAUAAAAGGAGGCUGUUGAGAGCUGAUUUAGGGUUUAGAAUGGUGUGUUUGAGAUGCGGAAAAAGCCUGCUAUUUAUAGGCUUAAUUUUCUCGCAAACGCCCAAACAGGCGGCCACCUUUCGACCUGUCCCGGCCUCCUUCCGUCUUAUCGCCAGCAAACUGACGUGCGCCGGUCUUCGUCAGCCGCAAGCCAGCAGGCGGCCGCCAACCGUUUCUGUCUGGCCGCCUGCCGUCGAAUUGCACCGGCCGGUGGUUGGCUUCCUCCCCUUGUGCCGCUUCGUCCUCCGUCGGCAGCCUUCCGUCUUCUGCUGGUUCGGAUCAAAGUCAACUGUUGACUUCUGAUUUUUCCGUAGGCGGCCAACCAGGCGCCUAGAAUGGCUGCCUACUUGGGCACCUUCUGCUAAAUUCGUCUGGUAAAUCCUGCGUUUCCUGGUCUUCAAGAUUGUCUUCUGGAUCACUUUGAUAUAAUGCUUGCUUCUUCCGGUAUGAAUUCAUUUGUUACUCAAAUUGACUCAUUUGGUGCUCAAUUGACCCGAAAUUCCGGCAGACAUAUUAUGAAUGCGAUUUUUCUCCUGAUUUCAUGAAACUUGAACCAAAAUAUCUAAAACAUGCCUUUUCUUUCUAUUUCCAAUCAAAAUCACUUAAAUUUGAUAAGAAAAAUAAGUACAAAAAAGGACUUAUCAACCAUUGUCAUAGAUACAAAGAAAGAUACACGCUAUAUUAGAAAUGUUCUCCUAGUGCCACGCCUUGCACAAAAUCUACUAAGUGUUGGCCAAAUGAUGGAAAGUGGAUAUGCCCUACACUUUGAGAAAAAUUCUUGCCGAAUUUAUGACAAGAAAAAUAACCAAGAAAUUGCCGAAGUAAUGGGAAAUAAUAGAAACUUUCUAAUUCAAUGGCAAUAUCCACAAAAGGCAACGGUGGCUCAACUGAGUGAUACGAGUCUAUGGCAUCGAAGAUUUGGGCACUUCAAUCUCAAAUUCUCAAUGCCUUGAGAUUACUACACCAAAAGAAGAUGAUGAGAGACAUGCCACUAUUUGAUGAAAAGGGAGUAUGUGAAGGAUGUAUGGUUGGGAAGCAACACAGGCAGCCAUUUCCAACAGAGAAAACAUGGAGAGCCAAACAAAUACUAGAGCUUGUCCACACUGAUAUGUGUGGCCCAAUGCGCACGCCUUCAGUUUCCAAGAACAUGUACUUCAUACUCUUCAUCGAUGAUUACUCAAGGAUGACAUGGGUGUAUUUUUUCCAAGAAAAAUCCGAAGUUUUUAGAAUAUUCAAGAGAUUCAAGAACUUCGUAGAGAAACAAAGUGGUCAUCAAAUCAAGAAGUUGAGAAGCGAUCGAGGUACCGAAUACAACUCAAAAUAAUUUGAUCAGUUCUGUGAAGAUGAAGGCAUGGAGCAUCAACUAAUAGUAGCAUACACUCCAUAACAAAAUGGGGUAUCCCAAAGGAAGAAUCGCACAGUCAUGGAGAUGGCAAGGUCAACGUUAGCUGAAAAAGGAAUGCCUAAAAUGUUCUGGGCAGAGGCGGUAUAUACUUCAGUCUACCUUCUAAACCGGUGUCUAACUAAGGCGAUUUUAAACAAAACACCUAUUGAGGCAUGGUCGGGACAAAAACCUUCAGCCAAACAUUUGAAGGUCUUCGGAAGCAUAUGCUACAUUCAUGUUCCCUCUGUGAAAAGGCACAAAUUAGAAGACAAGACAAAGAAGGGCAUCUUCCUCGGCUAAAGCUCCAAAUCCAAAGGAUAUCGAAUCUAUAAUCUUGAGACUAAGAAGUUGGUCACAAGUCGAGAUGUAGAGUUUGACGAGCAAGCCUCAUGGAAUUGGGAGACGGAAAAAGUUGAAAGAAGGACCACUACUACCCAACUAGAGGAAAUCCCAGAAGAAGAGCACGAUCAACAAAGCCCCACAUCUACACCAAGAUCCUCUUCCGGAGCCAAUACAUCUAGCGAACAUGACUCCUCGCCAGAACCUCCACCCCUUCGGGGUAAGAACUCUAGCAGACUUAUAUGAGUCUGCUGACGUCUAUGAAACAUGUAACUUUUGUUCCUUGGAGCCACAUAGUUACACUGAAGCCUCCAAAGAAAAAGUUUGGAUUAAAGCAAUGGAGGAGGAGAUAAAAAUGAUAGAAAAGAAUGAUACUUGGGAAAUGAUAGAUCUUCCACAUAACAAGGAGGUUAUUGGAGUCAAAUGGGUGUACUAAACGAAACUGAACCCCGAUGGCUCAAUUCAGAAGCAUAAGGCGAGGCUGGUUGCAAAGGGGUAUGCUCAAAUACCGGGAGUUGACUACACAGAGACGUUUACACCAGUUGCCCGGAUGGACACAAUAAGAACACUCAUAGCUCUUGCCGCUCAAAAGAAAUGGAAAAUUUAUCAGCUAGACGUUAAAUCAACCUUUCUAAAUGGAGAGCUAAAAGAAAAAGUGUAUGUGGAGCAACCGGAAGGAUUCAUCAAAGAAGGAAAAGUUUUUCGUCUAAAGAAAGCACUCUACGGGCUCAAACAAGCUCCACGAGCCUGGUAUAUAGCAAGAUUGAUGGGUACUCCACCCAUCAAGGGUUCAGGAGGAGUAAGAACGAGGCUACACUAUACAUCAAGUCCCAAGGUAAAUCUAACAUUCUCAUCGUCUCUCUAUACGUUGAUUAUUUAAUUGUCAUGAGAAAUAAUUCAAAAUUAAUUGAAGAAUUUAAGAGAGACAUGAUGAACACCUUUGAGAUGAGUGACUUGGGAUUAAUGCACUACUUCCUUGGCAUGGAGAUAAGUCAAGAAGAAGAAGGCAUUUUUUUAUCUCAAGAAAAAUAUAUUAAGGACAUGCUAAAGAAGUUUAAAAUGCAAGACUGCAAAGCCGUCGUUACUCCACUGGUUCCUAAUGAAAAAUUGAAGAAAGAAGAUGGGUCAAAGCAGACGGACACAACCAAUUACUGAAGUUUGAUUGGGAGUCUACUCUACCUAACAGCUACGAGGCCGGACAUCAUGUAUGCUACAAGCUUGCUCUCGAGGUUCAUGGAAAGUCCAACUGAGACUCAUUAUAUAUGGAGCGGCAAAGAGACUCCUUAGGUACCUACAAGGAACCAUCAAUUAUGGUAUUUGGUACAAAACAAGUCAUGACUCACGCUUAAGUGGAUAUAGCGACAGUGAUUGGGCUGGAUCUCAAGAUGACACGAGAAGCACCUCCGGUUACGCAUUCAAGCUGGGUUUGGGAAAUUUUUCACAGGGAUAAAAAAAAGCAAGAUUUUGUUGCACUAUCUUCAGCCAAAGUCGAGUAUGUUGCAGCAACCGGAGCUUCGUGCCAAGCUAUAUGGCUAAAAAGAAUAUUAGAAGACAUGGGAGAAUUGCAAACUUCUGUGACUGAGAUAUUCUGCGACAACAAGUCAGCUAUUGCGAUGGCUAAAAAUCCAGUUCAGCAAAAUCGCACUAAGCACAUCGAUAUCAAGUAUCACUUCUUGAGAGAUGUCCAAGCAAAGGGGCAUAUUGAGAUGAGGUACUUCCCAACAGAAGAACAAUUGGCAGAUAUUUUCACGAAGGCCCUGCCAAGAGACAGAUUCCAGUUUCAGCGAAGAAUGCUUGGAGUCACCGACAAAUGCAUCAAGGAGAAGUAUUAAAUAGUGAUGAAUUUAUCUAGAAUAUUCUAUGUCAUUAAAGCUAUAAAUGUUCUAGAGAGUUAUGGCUAAAAAGGUUCUAGAGAAUUCUCUACUAGAGAAUUCUUAAGGAGAGUCUAGAUUAAAGAGAAGUAGAAUACUUUAGAAUCCUAGCAUUUAAUAAGGAUCUAGAAUGAUCCUUUAGCUCCCAUAAAUAGGACUCAUUGUAGUCAUUUUCUCACCAAGCAAAACCAAGCAACAUCAAUAGGGGAGCGAGCAAUAUCGCUUACACAAAACUCGGUAUUGGCAGUGUGGAUGAAGAGGGCUCCGGCGUCGUUGCAGGUGAUGUAAACGUACCCGUCGGAAUCUGUGAUGAACCGACCGGCGAGCGGAGGGAGGUGAGUCAAGGUCUGGGCAAGCGCUGACUUGAGCGAGGAGAUGAAAUCAGAGAGGGGGAAUGGGGGGCGGGUGAAAAGGCAGCCAUUUUGAAUGUAAUGAGUGGAAAGCAUCGGUAGAUCAGAGACGGAAAGCUUCAAGGCGGGAGAGAGGAACGUUUGGCCGGGAAUACAGUGCAUUUGGAGACGGUGGUUGUAGUUGACAUGACGGCGGCCAAUAUUGUUGGGUCAAUUCCGAGAUUAUAAUAUGCAAAGUAUUUAUAGUGGUGGACUGAGAUUAUGCAGAGAGGGUAGGGCUAUAGGAGGGGAGCACUAUUUUGC